AUGUUUCCAAGAAUACUAAAAACACAAAAGUAUUUUGAUUUUUUAAAAUAAGCUCAUUUAGCCCAUAUACGUUAUUCAUGAAUAAAAAUUGUUAUAAUCUGGCAUUAGAAUUGAAAUAAUAUCUUUUAGCUGAUUAUUUAUUGACUUAAUUUCCAAUUUUACAAUUACCAGAUUAUAUGGAAAAUACACUUGCUUUACAUGUAAACAUGUUGCAAUAACGUCUAGUAAUUAUAUUAUAUAAAUGAUAUAGUUAAAUGAGAAAACCAUAUAAUGUGAAAAAGACAUUGAACAUCUGAGAUUUUUUUUGAAAACUUAUGUUUACAGUGAUUUGGCUAACAAAUAUAAUUAAAAAUAUCCAGCUGACGGUAAGGAAACAAAUAAGCAAAUAUAGCAUUUAGUGAUUAUUUUAUAGAAAACUAUUAAAAUAGAGUAGAGAUUAUGGCCCCUGAAAUUAUAAUUUUAGACAACGAUAUGUCAACUUUAAAAAGAGAGGAGAUAGAGGAGAAUUCUAAAAAAUUUAUUAGAAAAUUCAUUUUUCUAAAUAAAAUAGCGAUAACAAAUAAUAUUAUAUAAAAAUAUAGUAAUUAUUUGAUAGCUCAUGUAAGAUGACUCAAAUAAAAAUAGAUGAAUUAUUUGCAUUCAUUAUCAUAUUUAGAAAUGAUGCAAUUUAAAAUAUAUUGGGGAAUGUAAGAAGAAUAGAAAUAAUUGAAUGCUUGA